CUCCGGUCACCCUGCUGUUAAGCCUGUUCCUGACUGGUCCUCCUGGAAAUCUUUUCUGGCCUAAGUUUUCCCACCAGACCUGCUCACCAUGUCGACUGCACCAGGCCUUUUGCGCCAGGAACUGUCUUGCCCGCUGUGCUUGCAGCUGUUCGAUGCACCAGUGACCGCUGAGUGUGGCCACAGUUUCUGCCGUGCCUGCCUGAUCCGUGUGGCAGGGGAGCCUGCCGACGAUGGCACGGUUGCCUGUCCCUGUUGUCAGGCAUCUACUCGGCCACAGGCGCUAAGCACUAACCUCCAGUUGGCACGCCUUGUGGAGGGUUUGGCACAAGUGCCCCAAGGCCACUGCGAGGAACACCUGGAUCCACUGAGCAUCUACUGCGAGCAGGACCGCACACUUGUGUGUGGUGUGUGUGCCUCUCUCGGUUCACACCGUGGUCACCGUCUUCUGCCUGCCGCAGAAGCCCAUGCACGUCUCAAGACACAGCUUCCACAACAGAAGGCCCAGCUGCAGGAGGCAUGCAUGCGCAAGGAGAAGAGUGUAGCAGUCCUGGAGCAUCAGCUGGUGGAGGUGGAGGAGACCGUGCGUCAGUUCCGGGGAGCUGUUGGGGAGCAGCUGGGGAAGAUGCGGAUGUUCCUGGCUGCCCUAGAAAGUUCUUUGGACCGUGAAGCAGAAAGGGUUCGAGGUGAGGCAGGGGUUGCCUUGCGGCGGGAGCUGUCAAGCCUGAACUCUUACCUGGAGCAACUGAGGCAGAUGGAGAAGGUGCUGGAGGAGGUGGCUGACAAGCCACAGACAGAAUUCCUCAUGAAAUUCUGCCUGGUGACCAGCAGGCUGCAGAAGAUUCUGUCAGAGUCACCACCCCCAGCAAGGCUAGAUAUCCAGCUGCCUGUCAUCUCAGAUGACUUCAAAUUCCAGGUGUGGAAGAAGAUGUUCCGGGCUCUGAUGCCAGAGUUGGAGGAACUGACUUUUGACCCCAGCUCUGCGCACCCGAGCCUGGUGGUGUCCGCCUCUGGUCGCCGAGUGGAGUGCUCGGAGCAGAAGGCGCCGCCAGCAGGAGAAGACACGUGCCAGUUCGACAAGACGGUAGCGGUAGUGGCGAAGCAGCUGCUGUCACAGGGGGAGCACUACUGGGAGGUGGAGGUGGGCGACAAGCCACGCUGGGCCCUGGGUGUGAUGGCGGCUGACGCUUCCCGUCGUGGCCGCCUGCACGCGGUGCCCUCACAGGGGCUGUGGUUGCUCGGCCUGCGCGAUGGCAAGAUCCUGGAGGCACACGUGGAGGCCAAGGAGCCACGGGCACUGCGCACCCCAGAGAGGCCACCAGCGCGCAUUGGCCUCUACCUAAGCUUUGCAGAUGGCGUCCUGACUUUCUAUGAUGCAAGCAACACCGACGCGCUUACACCGCUCUUUUCUUUUCAUGAGCGUCUGCCUGGGCCGGUGUACCCCAUGUUUGACGUGUGCUGGCACGACAAGGGCAAGAAUUCUCAGCCGCUGUUGCUCGUGGGGCCAGACAGUGAGCAGGCCUGAGCUUCUGCCGACUAGGAGGGAGGCCUGGUCCUGAAGGCCGUGGGAUCAAUUAGGUCACCUUUGUUAGGCCUGGAUUGGUCUGGUUGGGGCGGACAGACUAGGCUGGCGGUAGAUGGGGAGGGGAUGUUUGUCUUCUAGGGUUCAGGGAAGUACACAGGUUGGGAAGCAUAGGGGAGAGAGGAUUAAGGUCUGUGAAGAAGGAAGAUUAUUCAGGUCAGGGGGGAAAUCUGAGUUUGGGCCAAGUGUUCCAGGAGGAAGCUGAGGUUUAGGGAAGCCGGGAAGAGGAUAGGAUUUGGAAAGGAUUUAGUAGAGGAUCUUGGGAAGUCUGUGGAACUUCAGCCCUGCAAUCCACUCCUGAAGGCCCCCUCUUUAAGGUUGCAGAUUCCCCAUGCCUGCGAGGUUUUCAGUUAGUGUUUGCCUCUAACUGCCUUUUCAAAGCCCCCAGUAAUCCUGAGGGUGUGGGUGCAUGACUGUAAUCCCAGCAUCUAGGGGCUGAGGCAGGGGGAUGGCAAAUUGAAAGCCAGCAGGACUCUGUCACAAACAGCAGUGACUGUGUUUCUGAUGUCGUAGGUAGGGGAGGGGGUCAGAGAGGGCUUCUUGAAGCCGGGGAGGGACAGGUGUCGGGAGCACUUGCUCUUGCAGAGCUCUGAGCUUCAGCAGCAACACUGUGGCUCGUAACUCUCCAAUCACAGUGAAUCGAUGGCCUCUUCCAGCCUCUGUGGGCAUUUGUAGUGCACAGAUACACGCGCAGGCAAAACACUGAUACACGUUAAGAAAAUAAAAUAAAAAGAUCCCUCUCUAUCUCGA